CAAUUAUUUUGUGUCUAUUGUGUGUAACACCACAGGCCUAACAAAAAACAAUAACAAUUCACAGUUGAGAACUUUACAAUACAUGGUUUUCAUAUAAAUCCGACGCAAUAUCAUAACAAUACUCGUUAAAUAAUUGGAUGCUUAAUGCCCAGUCAACCUCGCCAGUGCAUUGCGACCCUCUUUUCCACGUCAAUGGCAAAACACUCGCACUAAAUGUACGAUAAAUUAUACACUGUACGUUUGCCAACGAGCAAUUAAGACGUCGAACGUGUUAUUAUAUUGUGUCAUUUGAGUCAGGAGCAUACAUCUUCAAAGUUCAAUCUAGCCGUGGUCUGACGUGCCUAUACAAUGUCUGUCGAAGUCGUUCAGAAGAAUGUCGGCUAUCUUUUGGAAGGACCGCAUUGGGACCCAGCUUCAGGAACCCUUCUCUAUGUCGAUAUCUUAGGACAGAUCGUCUACAGAUACAAUCCUGAGACGGGGAAGACCAUGGAAGUCAAGAUAGGUCAACAGGUCGGUGCCGUCGUACCCACUCGUAGCGGGCGUACUCUGGUUGCAGCGGCUCAUGCGAUAGGGUUUCUCGACUGGGAGACAGGAAAGAUCGAUACGCUGGUUGAAGUUGAGAAGGACAGGGCGGAAACGAGAUUCAAUGAUGCCAAGUGCGACGCGGCCGGGAGAUUCUGGGUCGGUACGAUGGGAUUCAAGAGUUUACCCCCUGGUCUGAAUGAAAGUGUCCUGCCUGGUUUGGCGUCACUUUAUUGUCUUCAUCCAGAUAAGACUCUGACUACAAACCUACAAGAUGUUGGUUUAUCAAAUGGUAUGGCGUGGACCGCAGAUAACAAGACCAUGUAUUACAUUGAUUCUUUGGCGCGUGGAGUAGAUGCUUUCGAUUACGACAUUGUCAAUGGCACAAUAGCUAACCGAAGACGAAUUAUAACUAUUCCCGAGUCGGAGGGAAUUCCGGAUGGGAUGUGUAUAGACAGCGAGGGUAUGCUGUGGGUUGCUCACUUCUUUGGAGCAGCUGUCAAGAGAUACAACCCGAUAACUGGUGAGAAGAUAAGAAUGGUACAGCUACCCACCGAUGUCAUAACGAGUUGUUGCUGGGGCGGAGCCAAUCUUGACGAACUCUAUGUGACGUCAUCAAAACUUUCGCUGAGUGACGAGCAGCUGAAAGUUCAAGAUACCGCUGGAUCUCUCUUCCGGGUCACUGGGCUAGGGGUCAGAGGCGUCAAAGCUGAAGUAUUUAACGAUUUGUAGUAAAGAUUUUAACAUUAAGAAAAUGGAAUAAAGGAUCUUAUCACAUCUUUAAUAAGACCUCUUAUUGAAUUAAGUUAAAUGAAUUACUGAAAUGGUCAAGAAUACUGGAUAUGCUGUUGUUCAAUCGUUAACAGGCCAUGAAAAUGUCCUGCUAAUGACGAUGUCUACUUAAUGACUCAUUUCUAACUACAUAUGUCUGUUUAAUGACGCGGUAAGGUAUAUAUAUAUAUCAUGAUGAAUAAAUAUAUAUUUUGAAAAUGAAAACGUAUAAAUAAAAUAUACAUAUUAUCAUGUUCUCGAAUCGUCGAAUUGAUCCACUCGAUUCAAUCUGGUAAAAGAACACUGCAAGCAAAUUCACAUUUCGGAGACUUCACACAUGUUAUGUGGCAAUAAAAUGAUUCAAAUGUUUAAAGUAACUCUAAGCAUCCGAACAUAGAGUUAUUAUGAAGGCAAUCUGUUUCAUGUGAGAUAACUAGUUUACUGGAAUUUUAUUUUCCCACUUCAAUACAAAAUGUCACAGCCGUGUUUUUUUUAUUUUUGCACGUAUUUCCUGUUUACUAAUAUUGCAUUUUAACCGUGACGUAACGUAUAUAAAUAUAUUUUCCUUUACAAACAUUUAAAUGAGAUAAGAAAAGACAGAUUUACACAAAUAAACGCCUAAGUUGUCAGGUA